UCGAUAUUCUGAAUCCUGCGACCAGAAUGAAAAGUAAACAAUUUUCAUCAUUACAUGACUCUAUCGCAGUGAUCUAUUUAAUCAAAUUGGAGAGUCCUCGUGCAAUUGUCACUCAAUUUAAAAUAAUCCUUUAUUUUUGUUAAGGUUUUAUUACAACUUGUGUCACUUGUAUAUUUCAUUUUUUAGUUUAAUCUAUCACUGACAACUUGAGAAAAAUGGGUGUUCGAAGCUAUGAAGAGGAAUGUGCUUUCCUUGAAAAAAUUAAACCAAUGACUUGGAGGAUAAAGAAAGAUUUUGUUCCUAACAUGAACGUGGAAGGAAUCUUCUUCGUCAAUGAAAAUCUCGAGAGACUCAUGCUUGAUGAACUGAAAAACAGUUGCCGUCCUGGUAAUAUUGGUGGGUUUCUUCCAGCUGUGAAACAAAUUGGUAAUGUUGCUGCUUUGCCAGGAAUUGUUCACAGAUCAAUUGGUCUCCCUGAUGUCCACUCUGGUUAUGGAUUUGCUAUCGGUAAUAUGGCAGCUUUUGAUUUAGAUGAUCCUAAAGCUAUUGUUUCUCCUGGUGGCGUUGGGUUUGACAUCAAUUGUGGUGUUCGGUUGGUCCGUACAAAUUUGAUGGAAAAAGAUGUUCAGCCCAUGAAAGAAAAAAUUGCUCAAAGUAUGUUUGAUCAUAUACCUGUAGGUGUUGGUUCAAAAGGUAUUAUUCCAAUGAAUGCAAGAGAUUUGGAAGAAGCCUUGGAAAUGGGUAUGGAUUGGAGUCUCCGUGAAGGAUAUGCUUGGGCUGAAGACAAAGAACACUGUGAAGAAUAUGGAAGAAUGUUAAAUGCUGAUCCAGCUAAAGUUUCUCCCAAAGCCAAGAAGCGAGGUUUACCUCAACUAGGAACACUUGGUGCCGGUAAUCACUAUGCUGAAAUUCAAGUAGUCGACGAAAUCUUUGAUUCCCGUAAUGCUUCCAAGAUGGGAAUUGAAACAACCGGCCAAGUUUGUGUCAUGAUCCAUAGUGGAUCAAGAGGAUUUGGUCACCAGGUUGCUACUGACGCUCUUUUGGUCAUGGAGAAAGCUAUGAAAAGAGACAAGAUUGAAGUCAAUGAUAGACAACUUGCUUGUGCUUAUGUACAAAGUCAGGAAGGUCAAGAUUACCUGAAAUCUAUGUCUGCUGCUGCCAAUUUUGCUUGGGUUAAUCGUAGCUCCAUGACUUUUUUGACUAGGCAAGCUUUUGCUAAAACAUUUAAUUCAACUCCUGAUGAUCUUGAUAUGCAAGUGAUUUACGAUGUUUCCCAUAAUAUUGCUAAAACGGAAAGACAUAUGGUUAAUGGUAAAGAGAAAACUCUGUUAGUACAUCGUAAAGGUGCUACUCGUGCUUUUCCACCUCACCAUCCUCUAAUUCCUGUAGAUUAUCAGCUAACUGGUCAACCUGUUUUGAUUGGUGGUACUAUGGGAACAUGUUCAUAUGUAUUAACAGGGACUGAAAAAGGAAUGAGCCAAACCUUUGGAACAACAUGUCAUGGAGCUGGAAGAGCUUUGUCACGAUCUAAGUCGAGAAGAGAUAUAUCAUAUCAAGAUGUUCUUGAUAAAUUAAAUAAACAAGGAAUUGCUAUCCGUGUCGCUUCGCCUAAACUGGUGAUGGAAGAAGCACCAGAAUCUUAUAAAAAUGUAACUGAUGUUGUUGAUACCUGUCAUGCUGUUGGAAUCAGUGCUAAAUGUUUUAAGUUAAGGCCCAUUGCUGUGAUUAAGGGAUAAUUCGCAGCUGCAAGAAAAGAAAAUUAUGAUUGUAUACUCAACUUCAUUAUUCUUUAUAAAUUAUUGUUUCAUAAAUGUUGAUCACAUAAAAUCAGUGAUAAUUUGACUUCUUGAAACCUUUUCAACCCAUCGUGACUCCUCUUUACACAAUACACAAUUAGUGCUACAUCUACGUUAACUACUUCAUUGUCAAUUGAGCGUUACUAUUGACUGAAAAAUUUACGGAAACCAGUUUUUCUCCUUUAUUCUAAUUGAAAGUCACUUAUUUAAGCAUUAAAUCCCUCUCAUUGUGAUCUACAUUGGUUUAAAGAAAGGAUCUCCACAGAAUACCAACAAUUUAAUGCUCAAAGGGCGGAUAUUUGUUUUGUAAAAUUAAUUACUUGUCAAAAAUGCAAUUCUUUUUCUACACAAUGAUGCAAGAUUGAUUACACUUUACUUCAAUUAAUUGUUAUCUAACAAUAAUCUGAAUGAAACAAGAGAAAUAUUUUCUAAAAGUCUCAGAUUCUCAAUCAACUUUGAUACUAAAUUAAUCCAGGAAAUGGCUUACCAUUAUUACAUUCACAAUAUGAAAAAAAAAACCUGCAUUCUCUAAGAAAACGCAUGAGAAAAAGAAACUUGUGAAUGCAAAUUUUUACUCUUCACAUGGAUUGAAACUGAAAAAUAUGAUAAAUGAUGUUUAUAUUACAAUUGCUGUUGAAAUUAAUUUCUACCUAAUACCUGCAAAUAGCUAAUCAUCAAUAAUUUUGGUAUCACACCGGUAAUAACUAGACUGGAAAAUCCUCAUGUGAUGAUCAGAUGAAACAAUUUUACCUAAAAAAGCCAAUAAAGGAUUACUGUUUCACCAAUAAUUUAUUAACAAUUAAAAACAAGGAUUCCAGGAUCACCCCAGGAUUGGUCAUUGCUCUGGUAAAUGCAGACAAUUAGAUGAAAAUUUGCUGGUAACAUAUCACCGGAUCAAGUUGUUUAAAUUUGUUGAAGUUACAAUUAUAUCCUUGAAUGGAACCACUCAAUACGUUUCCAGGCAGAUUAAAUAUCUGACAAUGAAAUUGUUCUGGAAAGAAAUGGCAAAUAAACUUGUUUUCCUGGCCAUUCUUGCCCCCAAUCAACAAGCAACCAGCGGUCUAAAGUGAAAUAUCAAAUUGAAAAACAUUAAUGGUUUUCCUCAAAUUGCUUUUAAUAGCCUUUUGAUGUGACUUGAUACAUUUUUCAACAAGCUCAACCAAAAAUCAUUUUUAUUGCCUCUUCUCAUUGACAUAAUGUUAAUUGUAACCAAUUCUCUCUCACUCUCCAUCAUAUCUUG